AUGGCUACCUCGUUUAAUUCGAGAGAGCAGUCUGUGGUUGGAGUCGUGGUGGUGGUAGCUGCGUGCGUUCUGUAUGCUGGUGUCGCCUCCGCUGGACGGCCAGCGACGAGCGUUAGCAUGGACCUGCUCCAUGGAAGAGGCAGAAUCAGAAGAAAGCUUCUCGAGAACGGCCUCGGUUUGACUCUCAAAUGGGGUAUGAGAUUAUGGAAUAGCUGGAACCACUUUCAGUGUAACAUCAACGAAAAUUUGAUAAAGGAAACAGCGGAUGCGAUGGUCUCAUCCGGACUUGCUGCACUAGGGGAUAUGAAUCUCAAACAUGCAGUGGAACAAUGCCAGGAUCACUCGGUCAUGAAGCAGCAAGAUGCGAAAAAACUUUUGCUUCCUGUAGAAUUCAGCGGGGUUGAUUACUUGAAGUAUGAUAAUUGUAACAAUCCCGGUACGAGUCCCAAGGAAAGGAUUAAUUUUCUCAUCCAUCAUUUGCGCUUAUUGACAGAAGCAAGAGAGAACUACUUUUGCACCAAAACUUCAGGGGACAAGAAGACCCAGCAACUUGGGCUUCGUCCAUUGGGAAUAGCUGGAGAACAACCGACGAUAUUUUUUGACAACUGGGACAGAAUGACAUCUCAGGCAGAUCUGAAUGAUAAAUGGGCAUCUUAUGCUGGACCUGGAGGAUGGAAUGAUCCUGACAUGCUUGAAGUGGAAAUGGUGGAAUGA